AUGCCAAGGCCCUUCUACAGACUACAGCGCUUCCUGCGGCGGACCCAGCUGCUUUUUCUGUUCUUGGGUGUGGCGUAUAUCAUGGCGGGAAGCGUCUUGCUCUUGCAGAGGGCGAGUCUGGUGGUGUCCCAGCGUGGGACUAGCAGUGUGCUCCCACUUCCUUCCCUACUGCCCUCUCCUCCCAGGGCUCUGGAGACCCCCAUCUUAAAGUCUGGGUAUGGUUUGAUGGGACCCAGGUUGACCAUUAAGGGCCAUGAGGGGAGCUUGCCUGAUGACCAGACCGGACAGCACUGGCUGGUCUCUCGGAACCAGGAGAUCCGACGCCUGCGGAGACGUUGGUUUCACAGCCUCAUGGCUGAACAUGAUAUGAACCGGUUUGAAAGAGUCAGUCCUAAGAGAAAAGCUCGACACAAAGGCACCUACAUUGGCUGCUUUUUGGAUGACGCCAAGGACCGGACCUUAAAGGGGAUGGUGUUUUACGACUUUCGGAAAAUGACAACAACCUUGUGUCAAGACACCUGCACCGAGAGCGGAUACCAGUAUGCUGGACUUGAGUAUGGCUCUGAGUGUUAUUGCGGCAACCGUAUCACCAGCACUCGCAUGAAGGAGGAGGAGUGCAACCUGGACUGCAAAGGGGAGAAGGGCUCUGUAUGUGGGGGCGUGGCUCGUCUGUCUGUUUAUAAAGUGGAGGAACUGCUUCCUGGCCAGAGGAGAUACAGGAACGUACGGUACCGCGGAUGUUUCAGGGAGCCGGACAAUGCCACAGCAGCGUCCCUGGUCCACGUGGUGCGACCCAAUCUGACUUCCCAGUCCUGCAUCGAAAUCUGCAUGGAUAAGGAGUUUCCUCUGGCCAUGCUGAGGAGUCCAGAUUGUUUUUGUGGCUUUGCUACCUCUCGCUUCACUCUGCAUGAGCCUGUGGAAGAAGAAUCCUGUGGCCAGGCCAACGGCAGCAGGUCCACACCAACCCCCAGCCAGCAUUUUCUCCAGGUCUACCAGACUCCAGUCCAGGACUCCAGAUGCACAGAGAGAAAAUUCCUUCCAGAGAAAUCCAGCUCUUUGGUGGCACUGUCCAGUUUUCCUGGUGCGGGCAACACCUGGGUCCGACAUCUGAUUGAGCUGUCCACUGGGUACUACACUGGCAGUUACUACUUCGACGGCACCCUGUACAACAGAGGUUUCAAAGGUGAGAAGGAUUACUGGAAGAGCGGCCGGACCAUCUGUGUUAAGACUCAUGAGAGCGGGAAGCGGGAUAUCGAGAUGUAUGACUCUGCCAUCCUGUUGAUCAGGAACCCGUACCGCUCCCUCAUGGCCGAGUUUAACCGCAAGUGUGCCGGACACCUGGGCUACGCCUCUGACGAGCACUGGAAGAGCAAAGAGUGGCCUGAGUUCGUGGGCAGCUACGCCUCCUGGUGGGCGUCUCACGUGCUGGACUGGCUGCGGUUUGGCCGACGAGUCUUAGUGAUCCACUACGAGGAGCUCCAGGAGGCCUUGGUGCCCAGACUUAGGAUCAUCGCCGAUUUCCUCAACAUCAGCGUGACAGAGGAACGACUCCUGUGCGCUGAGAGCAACAAGGAUGGCCACUUCAAGCGUUCAGGCGCCCGUCGACCGACCUUUGACCCCUUUACCCCGGACAUGAGAUUGCUUAUUGAUGGCUACAUCGUGGCCGUGGACCAGGCUCUCAGAGCCAACAAUUGUAGCGGGUUGCCUCAGGAAUACCUGCCCAGAUGA